UUUUUCGUGGAGCGAUUAACACACAGUGAACACAGAUCGCCAAAGGCUACAAAUCGCUGAAUCGGAUUCUAACCAUUCGCAUCCGCAUCCUCAGAAAACCAAGACGAAAAUUAGAUCGGUGGCCAAAUGCAGGCUACGAAAAUAAAUCAUUAAGAUCAAGAACAGGCGAAUUACGUGUGUGUUUUCUGUAUUUUGUUGUUGAUUUUUUUGCUUCGUUUGUUUUGCUUACUUUUUUGACCGACUUCUGGGACAAGAACAACAUCGAGAGCUACAGCAACAACAUGGAUGCCGAGGCGCCAGUUCAACUAGAGAAAAAUCAGACAGCGACAGUUCCGAGACAGGAAACUGUGGAGGGAGGAUCCACAGGUGAAACGGCGGGUGGAGGUGCAGCAGCCAAGGUCACGAAGGAACAGGAUCACGAUGCGGAGUAUCAUCCGCCUACAAGCUAUCUGGAGACCAUCGUGCACCUAUUCAAGGGCAAUAUUGGGCCUGGUCUGUUCGCCAUGGGAGAUGCCUUCAAGAACGGAGGUCUCCUGGUGGCCCCACUCCUGACUGUGGUCAUAGCAGUGGUGUCCAUCCACUGCCAACAUGUCCUAGUGGCCUGCUCCAAGAAGAUGCGCGAUCUCAAGGGCGAUAGCGUAUGUGCUGACUAUGCCCAGACAGUGGAGCAGUGCUUCGAGAAUGGUCCGUCAAAGUUGAGGGGCUGGUCCCGAACGAUGGGCCGACUGGUGGACAUAUUCAUUUGUGUGACCCAGUUGGGCUUUUGUUGCAUAUACUUUGUAUUCAUCAGCACGAAUCUGAAGCAGAUCCUGCAAGCCUACGAUAUCGACAUGGACGUCCAUCUGGUGAUGCUGCUGGCCUUCGUACCCGUUCUACUCAGUUCACUAAUCACGAACCUUAAGUGGCUGACCCCCGUCUCUAUGUUCGCCAAUGUUUGCAUGAUCCUGGGACUGGCCAUAACGUUGUACUAUGCCCUCAAGGACGGACUGCCGGAGGUGGAGGAACGCGCCCUCUGGACGAAUGGCUCCCAGCUGGCUCUCUUCUUCGGCACCGCCAUCUUUGCCUUCGAAGGCAUUGCCUUAGUGAUGCCGCUGAAGAACGCCAUGCGAAAGCCACACCAGUUCGAGCGACCAUUGGGUGUGCUCAAUGUGGGCAUGUUCCUCGUCUCCGUCAUGUUCAUGUUCGCUGGAUCAGUGGGCUACAUGAAGUGGGGCGAGCAGGUCGGAGGAAGUUUGACCCUCAAUCUGGGCGAUACCAUACUGGCCCAGGCGGUCAAACUGAUGGUGUCCGCUGGAGUACUUCUCGGUUAUCCACUGCAGUUCUUUGUGGCCAUCCAGAUUAUGUGGCCAAGUGCCAAACAAAUGUGCGGCAUCGAAGGACGAUCACUGCUUGGAGAGCUCGGUUUCCGCACUUUCAUGGUCCUGGUGACUCUUGCCAUCGCGGAAAUGGUUCCGGCCCUGGGACUAUUCAUAUCGCUGAUAGGCGCACUAUGCUCAACGGCGUUGGCCCUCGUGUUUCCACCAGUCAUCGAGUUGAUCUCAAGGAGCGAGCUGAACAAAGGACCAGGCAUCUGGAUUUGCGUGAAAAACUUAGUCAUUCUAGUGAUGGCUUUGCUUGGCUUCUUCACUGGCUCCUACGAAAGCCUAAAGCAAAUUGUCAAGCACUUCGGGGAGGAAGAGGUGCACUGAGAAUUAACCAACAAUUGAGGGCAACAUGGAUAACUAAUGUUCCCCAUCCAGUCGUCAUCAACAUAGCUGAAAAAGAAAAUAGCCGGAGUCUUUCAAGAACAGAUCAAUACGAGAUCAAGCAAUAUAAAACUCAAAGGAUCAACCAAAUCAACAUAUUAGUUACAAAAAUACAAAUAUAAAUCAGGACUCCGGCGCGAAAUGUAAGAAAUAUUAAAACAGGAGACGACUACCAAAAAUGGAUUUUAGGAGAAACACAACGAUUAACGAUCUCCGAGUUUUUGAGAUGCCAAAUCAGUUGGGAUGCCUUAUACGAACAAUACAGGAGUGGCAGAGGAUCAUAUUUAUCAAAGCGAAAUGAUAUACCAAACCUCAAUGAUAUAAAGCUUUAAAGAUAAUGAGAAAAACAACGGCAAACAUGUAACAACCAUUAUUUUAGCAAUAUGGUCAGCGUAUCACAAAAACAUUUUGAAGCAAUUUAAAAUGUACCCACUCUUAAUCCUUAAUUAUUUACAUAAAAACACAAUAUGCUUGCGAAUUUACCAUCAACAACAAAAAUACCCAUUUAUAUAUAUUUAUUUAUACGUAAGUGCCUUCUUUUGUGUCUUAGUAAGCGUGCAGCGCAUUUUACCUACUAUAAUUGAUUAUUUUUUUAAUAGAUAUUAAGUGAGAAUAAACAAUGCGACGUUCGUUUUGACGUCAUCGCAACAUGACAAGAA